AUGUCAAUUGACGGUUUGCAUGCAAGCCUGGUUUAUGUCGAUGAGACAACCCCCACCUAUGUCCUCAAUGCCGUACUACGGGGCAUGGUACGCUGGGAAGUCAUCCUGGACUUCCGCACCGAGAUCGAGCGCUACUGGGAGAACUUGAUCAACAUUACACGAACACAAGAUCUGCCAGGUCUUGACAUAUUAUUUACUUCCUUCCCUACUCCCACUCACCUGUAUGAAGUUGCUAUAUUUACCUUUCGCAACAUCUUGACAGGCUCAGAGCCUGAUGGUCUGGAGAACGUAUUUGCCCUUUGUAGCUUAUCUUAUGUAGCUUCAAUAUGUUCUCAAAGAACAGGCAAGCCAGACGUUGACAACAUUUUCCGCGACAUCGAUAUCUGGCGGGACUCAGUUGGUAAUCCCCAGCAUCGCCAACUGUUCGACAAGCUCAAACAACGGCUUUGGGAGGACAAUACAGCAUCCUCGCUCCAAACAGAACAGUUCUUACAUCCAGCCUCUCUUAUCGAUAGCCAGGAUUACAUGGCACCCCAGGGUGCAACCAUGCACGGCAUCUCAUUAUUCGGUGAUCUUGCCGACCCGUUCUGGGGCGCCAUCUUCGAGGUACCCGGUUCUCUCCAGGGGCCUACCAGUAAUUUCCAGGUGGCAGGCACUGAAGGGACACGCCCCACUGUAUCUGACACCCCAGAGCUCCAACUGCGAUCUGGAGAUCUGCGUCAAUCGGCAGCCAUGAACAUCCUGACAAGCUUCAUCGUCAAUUGCGGAGAUUUAUUCGAUAUUCUCGGCGGACAUGGAGUGACCGCGAAAGGUCCUCAUUCUGAUGUUUCCUUGGAGGUCAAGAACUUCACUCAGGCUUUGAGGCGACAUGACUGCUUCGGAGACCCAUCUGCUCGUGGAAUACUCACCAUCGUGGACAGGUUUGUGGACCUGAAAUAUUUCCAGAGCAUCGAUGAGGUUCAAGACUAUAUAAUGAUAGUCGGAAAGGAAAUGCUUCCUAGCGGCCAGAUCUUUGCAAAAGUCUGCAAAUCAGUCUACUCCACGGGUAUGGCAAAGAUACCCUCAGUCAAGCACCGUCAAAUCGCAGAUCGCCCUCAAGACUUCAAACUGUAG